UGCAAGUCGCAACAAAACAGAACCGGGUACUUGACCCGUUUAACAGCUCCGCCGCUACCCUCUGAUCACCAUCUCAAUUACUCUCAAUUCGCACGUAUAUACAAUUCUUGCUUUUCCGAUAACAAGUCGAUCAAUGCCAGGGAAAGGUGAGAGGAGAGGGAGAGCAGCUCUGGUAGUUCUCGGCGAUAUCGGUCGCAGUCCUCGUAUGCAGUAUCACGCUCUUUCUCUUGCUCGUCAGGCAUGCUUAGAAGUGGAUAUAGUUGCAUACGGAGGUUCAGACCCUCACUCAGCUGUAUUAGAGCACCAAUCUAUCCAUAUUCAUAAAAUGAAACCCUGGCCAGCAAUCCCUCAUUUGCCAAAGAUACUUCAGCCUUUGAUGCUUUUAUUUAAGCCUGUGUUUCAAUUUUUAAUGCUUCUUUGGUUUCUUUGUGUUAAAAUACCCGCUCCAGAUGUUUUCAUUGUACAGAAUCCACCUUCUGUUCCUACUUUAGUGGCUGUGAAAUGGGCCAGCUGGCUGAGGCGCUCCAAAUUCAUAGUUGAUUGGCAUAAUUUUGGAUAUACAUUGCUUGCAUUGUCUCUUGGAAGAAGUAGUCCUUUUGUGGCAGUGUAUCGCUGGUUUGAGAAACAUUAUGGAAAGAUGGCAAAUGGUUCCCUAUGCGUGACACAGGCAAUGCAACUUGAAUUGGCUCAAAAUUGGGGAAUCAAAGCUACCGUUUUAUAUGAUCAGCCUCCUGAGUUUUUUCAUCCUACUUUACUCGAAGAGAAACACAAGCUGUUUUGUAGGAUUGAGAAAAAUCUAAACGAGCCUUCCGGUCAUCGAGACUGCAUCAGCAAUGGUAAAGAUGAACAUAACCCGAAUGCAACUCUAUUUACUACCCAGGUUGGCAAUGAUAUAAAAUUGAAUCAGAAUCGUCCAGCACUUAUUGUUAGCAGUACAAGCUGGACUCCAGAUGAAGAUUUUAAUAUACUUCUCGAAGCAGCACUUAUGUAUGAUAGACGUGUUGCUGCAAUAUUAAACGAGGAUGACUCAACCCCAGAGGAUGUUCUUUCGAGGGAAUAUUGUGAGGGGAAGCAAUUCUUGUACCCUAGGUUGCUAUUCAUUAUUACUGGUAAAGGACCUGAGAAACAAAAAUAUGAAGAAAAAUUACGGAAAUUAAAACUCAAACGUGUAGCAUUUCGUACUAUGUGGCUGUCAGCUGAAGAUUACCCAUUGCUUCUCGGAUCAGCGGAUCUGGGUGUUUGCCUGCAUACCUCAUCAUCCGGGUUGGAUCUUCCUAUGAAGGUUGUUGAUAUGUUUGGCUGUGGGCUGCCUGUUUGUGCCGUUUCAUAUUCAUGCAUCAAGGAGCUUGUAAAAGUUGAAAAAAAUGGUUUGCUUUUCUCGUCUUCGUCAGAGCUAGCUGAUGAGCUAAUGAUGCUAUUUAAGGGGUAUCCAGAUGAAUGUGAUGCUUUGAAGUUGUUGAGAAAAGGUGUACACGAAACAAGGUCUUCUGUGAGUUGGGAAACUGAAUGGGAAGCAAAAGCAAAGCCCUUAGUAAAUGAGGUUAUCUCUGGAAAUUUCUGAUGACACAAACUUUGCAGAUGUGACUAUUGCUUACUAUUGAAUUCCUGUAAGGCUGUAACUACUUCGCCAGCUGGAGGUUUGCUGUACUAAUUUUAAUAGAUCAUCUCGAAAACUACAAAUAUAUGGAAGAUUUAGGAUUACCAUUGAUUGAACAUUUAUAUUUUCAAGAGAUUAUAUAGCUGUAGAUGCUAACAAGGCAUAUAAUAUUACCUGGCAAUUUUGUUCCACUACUUCUUAUUAUUAUUAUAAAUAUUUUUAUGUUGUA